GUGGGUCUGCUAGGGUUUGGUCCUUCUUGCUCGAUUGAGGGGUACUUCCGCCGUCUUGUUGCUCUCUAGCUCUCGCUUCGACCAUGUCUGGAAGAAAGAAGACCAGGGAGCCCAAAGAGGAAAAUGUGACGCUUGGUCCGACUGUACGAGAAGGCGAGCAAGUUUUUGGCGUCGCCCAUAUUUUUGCGUCAUUUAAUGACACUUUCAUUCAUGUGACUGAUUUGUCUGGAAGGGAAACACUUGUCAGGAUUACAGGUGGUAUGAAGGUUAAGGCUGACCGAGAUGAGUCAUCUCCAUAUGCUGCCAUGCUUGCAGCCCAGGAUGUUGCACAGAGAUGCAAGGAACUUGGGAUUACUGCUUUGCAUAUUAAAUUACGUGCUACUGGUGGUAAUAAGACCAAAACACCUGGUCCUGGUGCUCAGUCUGCUCUUAGAGCCCUUGCUCGUGCUGGGAUGAAAAUUGGUCGGAUUGAGGAUGUAACUCCAAUUCCUACCGAUAGCACGCGCAGAAAGGGAGGAAGAAGGGGGCGGAGGCUGUAGUUUGUCACCGUAUCUGCAUCAAGCUUUUUCAUUAGCAUUUUGGAAAUCAAGGUCUUUUGUUAGCAUUUUGGAGAUUGAUUUCGGAUGUACUACAAUAGCUUAGUAGUUUCUCAUUGAUAAGAUAUGGAGCCUUCGCUACGGACUUAAAGCUUGUGUUUGUACACCGUUUGGAUUCUUCAACUUAUCAUCUAUGUUUCUAUCCUCUUUAAUAAUUGCUAUCAUUAAACUUCUCUAUC